GAAGUGUCAGUGUGUAACAUGACUCAGAGCGUCACAGGCGGAAGGUCACGGAGCAGCAGAACGGAACGGAAGCGGGAGUAAAAAGCCUAUCCGCCAUUGUGGAAAAUGACACAGCAGAGUCGCCGAUUGUAAGCAGCAGAAGCGCCGGAGGAAAACGCAACAUUGUAGCCGCCACAGAGGGAUUGGACAGCCGGAGAGACGAGCCAGGAAAGCACCGAAGUGCAGAGAGAGAGGCAGGGGGGAAGAAGCCGUGGACAGUCUCACACACAGCUAUCAGUUUCGGUUCCUGGAGGAUGUCUGCGACCACAGUCGAUCAGAGACCCAAAGGACAAGGAAAUAAAGUGCAAAACGGAUCAAUGCAUCAAAAGGAUGGAGUCAACGAUGAUGAUUUUGAGCCUUAUCUAAGUGGCCAGACAAAUCAGAUUACCAGCCUGUCUCCCUAUCCCACACAGAAUAACAGCUACCCACCAAUGUCAGACCCCUACAUGCCCAGCUACUAUGCUCCAUCCAUUGGUUUCCCUUACUCUCUGGGAGAGGCCGCCUGGUCCACAGCAGGAGACCCCCCUAUGCCCUACCUGACUACCUAUGGACAGAUGAGCAAUGGCGAGCCGCACUUCCUCCCUGACGGCGUGUUUAGCCAGCCCGGUGCCCUGGGGAACACCCCUCCCUUCCUGGGCCAGCACGGCUUCAACUUCUUCCCUGGUAAUGCAGACUUUUCCACCUGGGGAACCAGUGUCUCUCAGGGUCAGUCCACGCAGAGCUCGGUCUACAGUAACAGCUACGGUUACGCCCCCAGCUCUCUGGGUCGGGCCAUCACGGACGGACAGGCGGGCUUUGGAAGCGACACCCAGCUGAGUAAAGUCCCGAUGCUGAACAGCAUUGAGCAGGGUAUGACGGGCUUGAAACUGGGUACGGACAUGGUGGCAGCUGUCACCAAAACCGUGGGCUCCCCUCUGGGCACAGCCGGAAUGAGCAGCAUGGCAGCCAAUAGCCUCCCUCCGUCUGUGAGCUCGUCCGCACCCAAACCUGCCUCCUGGGCGGCCAUCGCCAAGAAGCCGGCCAAACCUCAGCCGAAGGUCAAACCCAAAGCCAACAUGGGGAUGGGAGGAGGCGCCAUUCCCCCGCCCCCCAUAAAGCACAAUAUGAACAUUGGUACUUGGGACGAUAAGGGCUCUCUGAACAAGCCCCCCUUAGCUCAGACUAUGAUGCCCCCGCAGCCUAUGAUGCAGCAGCCUCUCCUAGCUCAGCCCCAGCCCUUGCUUCAGAACCCGUUGCCCCCCCAGCCCCAACACCAUCACCAACAUCAACACCAACAUCAACAUCAACACCAACACCAGCCCCCACACCAACAUCAACAUCAACAUCAACACCAACACCAACACCAACACCAACACCAACCCCAACACCAGCCCUUCCAGCUCCACUCUCUCCAGUCCCCCCAGCACCCCCAGCACCCCCAGCCUAUGCCCCCUGGCCCUCCUCACAUGCACCUCUCCUCUCAACCUGGCCCCCCACAGCCCCUCCAUCAUCAGCAACCCCAGCAGCCUGGUCCACCCCCAAACCGCUGGGUGGCUCCCAGGAACCGGGGCGAGGGCUUCGGUAUGGGUGGGGGAGUCCCACUGAGUGCCUCCCCUUGCUCCGGUGAAGUGCACCCCGUGCUGGAGAAGCUGCGCGCCCUCAACAACUACAACCCCAAAGACUUUGACUGGAACUUGAAAAACGGACGUGUCUUCAUCAUCAAGAGCUAUUCCGAAGACGACAUCCACCGCUCCAUCAAGUACUCCAUCUGGUGCAGCACAGAGCACGGCAACAAGCGCCUGGACGGGGCCUACCGCUCGCUGGGCAACAAGGGCCCCCUGUACCUGUUGUUCAGCGUCAACGGCAGCGGGCACUUCUGCGGCGUGGCCGAGAUGCGCUCCCCGGUGGACUACAAUGCCUACGCCGGCGUCUGGUCUCAGGACAAGUGGAAGGGCAAGUUCGAGGUGAAGUGGGCGUUCAUCAAAGACGUGCCCAACAACCAGCUGCGACACAUCCGGCUGGAGAACAAUGACAACAAGCCGGUGACCAACUCCAGGGACACUCAGGAAGUGCCUCUGGAGAAGGCCAAACAAGUGCUUAAAAUUAUCGCCACUUUCAAGCAUACCACCUCAAUCUUUGAUGACUUUGCACAUUACGAGAAACGUCAGGAAGAGGAGGAGGCUCUGAGGAAGGAGCGCAAUAGAAAUAAACAGUAACCUUCAAGCAAGCUCUCUGCUAGAACUGCAACACUAAUGACGUAGGACCUUAAAUAAAAUUUGCCUAACCACAAAAGGAGGAAAGGCUCUCACAACUCUUUCCGCUGAAGACGACAAUGUAUGUGAGCACUUGACAAUAGAUGGACUCAUCCGUAUCCGUUGACUGGUGCAUCAAACCCCGUGUUCCUGUCUCACCAGAAAAAGAGCGUAACCCACUUUGAAAACUGUCUCUAAAGCACUUUCAGUCCUCCUAAACGGCCUCUACCAAUACCCUUAACUCUCUAACUCUGUGUUCUUCUUCUUUGAUUUUGUUUGUGAGCAACUAACUGACUAACCGCAGUAGUCAGAAUAUUUCACCGGGCUUAUUUGUAAUUUUUUUAAUGCCUCAAAUGUUUGGGAUAUGGGUGAGCCUCGUCAGCUCCUGAGGAGAAUUCAAGAUGAUCUGAAUUUUACUUGAAUCUGUAUUCAGCCGUCUGACCCUCCUCAGAGAAGAGGUUUGGAUGAUUGACAGGUGGGAUGAGAUAAUUGGGAAACAGCCACAAUCUUGCCAAUCAUAGGAUGUAUCCUCCCUCUACCUGCUUCUUUUCUGCAUCUGUUUCUGUGUACCAAAAGAUUAUGCAGCGGGCUGGCGAGCACCGGUCAGUGCACACUUUGUUUUCUCUCUUGUGAUUCUGUCAUUCUGAAGUGCAUUUGUCUGAGGAGAAAGCUGCUCUGAUGUUGAUGUACUCCACGGUACGAAACCUCAGGCUCAGUCCAGCUGUCCUCGACAACCUCGAAGCACUUUUGGGAGAAUCCCCCCACAUCGCCCCUCCUGCUCGGCUCCACGGGGAUUCCCCCAAAACGGCAAGGAGUUGGCAGUUUUCUCCUCUAGGUAACUCACUAGCUAAAUAAAAAUUAUCCAUGUUUAGCGCAAAACCUUGCUUUCGUGUUUUUACUCAUUCGCCUCAGAAAUGUAUACAUGACUCACGCACAUUAAAGUAUAAACUCUCCUCCUGCAGUGCAAGCCUCCCUUUUCUAUCUGCAAUACAUAAAGCAUACAGCUUAUUACAGACAAUGAGUCUAAAGUGGGUCAGGGUUCGGUUUGACGUAUAGUUAAAGUAUAAGAGAAUAUAUAAACGUGAAGAGGACACCACAACAUGCCUGCUCUGUGGGAGGCAGUCUAAAGUAGGUAGUACAACACAGCUGCAGGCCUGACCACACAUACUGGUACAUACAACAAAGACAUACAGGAAGUGGAGGAAAUAAAGUAUAUUUACUAAAGCCCAAUUUUGAGGUACUCCUUUUUUCUACCACUGCACCUUUUCAACCAUAUAUAUUUAACAGUUACUUUCCAGGUUAGAAUUUUACAUAAAAACAUACUAACAACAAACACAGUGUCCUAGAUGAAACCAAUUGGCUUUCCUAGGACAUGGUUUCAGUUAAAACACUUUAAAUUAUCCAAUAUUUCACAAAGAAAUGGGUGAAAGGAGAAGUUAAACUGUUGUGCAGGGGGCAGAAUACAUCUUAGAAUUAUAUGACGACAUGUUUUGACAAUAAGAUUAUGUAUAAAUGUCAACUAUUAUCUAAAAAAUAAAAUAUAUGAUGUGAUUAAUAUGAGAAAUGUACUGUUUUAGAGUUUUUAUUCUUGCACGUAUGACGUUUUUAGGACAUAACAAAUAUUAUAAGGGUGUUUAAUAUUAUUGCUACUUUGAGGGCAAACAACACAUCUAAUAAAAAAAAAAUGAAAUAAAAUGAAGGCAAACAAAAAUAUGAAAGACUCAAAAAAACUAGGCUUUGAGUUGUUUUUAAAAGCAGGCAAACAGACUGUAAACAUAGACUUGAAUUAUGUCAGACCCAUAAGAGCAGACAUGACAGCAUAUCAAAUAAAACGGUUACUAAAACUAAUUGUCAUUGUUUGUUUUGUGCUAUUAUGUACAUUAGGGUUUAUUGCAUGUGAUGUAUUGUAUGUUUUCUUAAUUUCUAAAGGAAAAAUAAACAUGACAUUUCUAA